GUGUGCACACACAUGUGUGUGUCUUGAGGUGAGAGAGGAAGGCUGAGCAACAAGCACAUAAAGGUUAGAGGUUAGAGAGAGCUGCUAUCAGUUUGGGUAAGAAAGUGGAAAAUCAAGAAAGCUGGCUCGCAGAAGCUCUGGCUCCCAAACGGACGGUUUGAAACAGCGAGAACCAAAAAUCAAAUGAGAGGCUGGACAGCUGCCUCACCUGUGCUCCCAGUCUAGAGGAUACACGGUGAAGACCAAAAGGCCUGCCCGCAGUAAAAGUUGAAGGUGAGAAAGAGAGAGGGUAGCUGGCACUUGGGAGCAGAACAAAAAGGAGAUUUGGAGAGGAGCCGCGAUGGAAAACCUGCCCGUCUACCACGGACCCAUCGGCAAGGAGGAGGGGGAGAGACGGCUGGCCCAGGACGGGCGGGAUGGGUGCUACCUAGUCCGCAACAGUGACUCUGUGCCAGGUGUCUACUGCCUGUGUGUGCUGUUCAACGGCUACGUCUACACAUACAGACUCCACAAGGACGACGCAGGCUCGUGGGCUGCUGAAACCACUCCUGGUGUGCAGAAACGAUAUUUCCGGCAAAUCAGAAACUUGAUAGCAGCUUUCCAGAAGCCCGGACAAGGAAUUGCCAUGCCUCUGCUCUACCCUGUCACAGCUCAGAGACGGGCGCAAACACACACAGAGGCACAGACGCCCAGUAAUAGCCUGUCACCGACACACAGCAGCAGCCUUAACGCAUACCUCCAGCAGCGGCCGCCUCAUGCUGCUAAGGGACAGAAAAACAGGAACAAGAAGGAGGUGCGGCAAGCUUUCGGUUAGGGACAAACCCAAAGCUCAAUUUUGACCUAAUUAUAAACAAAAAAAAAAACCAAAACUGUCUUUGCGUCAAGCCUGCUGUUGCAUUUUGCACGCUGCGUGUGAAGUAAAUGUCAUUUUUUUCCAAUUAACCAGCUCCUGUUUGUAAAAUCAAGUCAUUUAGGUUCUAGCUGUGACUCAGAUCUCAGUAUCCUUCCAGUAACUUCUUUUUUCUUCUGCACAGAAAACGCCUCAUAACUUUCAGGGAUGUAAAAUAUUCAACUGCUGCAACAUUAAUAUCCAUCACUGCAUACAUAAGUUGACAACAAAUAUUGUGCUCUGUUUCCUUAAUGCAAUUCAGUUAUGUGAAUGGCAAAGAAAAUAAAUGAUAUUGGUUGAAAUAAACUCUUUUUAAAUGAGGUCAUGCAUACACAGCCAUACACACCCGAGCCUCCGUGUGACAUAUAAUGUGGAACAAAAAUUCAAUUUGACAUAUUGAAGUAGUGAUUUCUGUGGAGAGCUGUGGGGGGGGGUAUCUGUCAUUCAUCUGAUUGACAUUACUGGCUCUUCAUGAAAAAAAUGAGAGAGAGAGCAUUCAUUCAGCUUAGGCGAUUCUUCAGUGCAGCGGUCUCCUAGCAACCGGACCCUCCAUCUUUUCACCACUGAGAUGAGGUUGGACAGUAUCUAGCCGAGCAUAUGGUUUAGAAGGGAAGGUGCAUCUCAGCCGAUCAGCAAAGUGCUAGUCAGGAACGUAUAUCACCUGCUCGCAGUCAGAACAUAUGCAUUGUGCGGCUUUGUCAUCCACAGCCCAGGAGAGAAACACAAACAAUUAAUGGUGGGCAGAUGGUGGAGUGACGGUGGGAGGGAGGCGAGUGGGGGAUAGGCAGACGGACGGGGAGGUGGAUUAGUGGUAGCUAGAUUAAAAAAAAAGAAAACAAACAAACUUCUCUACUUUCUUUUUUAACUUUUUUUUGGGGGGAUGGGGGGGACUUGGAAGUGGUUCACAUGUAGUCUGAUUGGCAUUUCUUAAUGAGAGGAGACAAGCUGUAGAGAACAGCACAGCCAACUCCAGGUCCUGCCCCUUCUGCACUCACCACCCACUCGCUGAGCCUCAGCUGUCACAUUUCUUUUUCCCUUCGUCUGUGCUUUUCUUCUCUCUCUCUCUCUCCUCCUUCUUCUUCUUCUUCUUCUUCCUCUCUUCUGACAGACGCAGGUUUCUCAUGCAUAUCUCGGUUUGAGCCAUAAUGAUGGGUGAUAAUGACAGCACAGAUUUGAAAGUUACAAACUCCCAGAAACAAGAACAAAGAGCGCACAACAAAUGUGUGGAGGGAAGGCGCAGAGAUGGAGGAGACGCCAGAGAGGGAGAGAGCCGACGCAGAGAAAAAUAAUAAGCAACAAUGUCGAUGAAAUCCCAGCGAGCAAUCUGGUAAUUCACACAUAAUAACUUUAAUCAGCAUUGUAACCCAAUAAAGUCUGAUUUUUCAGCGAGAAUAUUUACUAUAGCCAUGUAUAAUUCUUUGCAAAAAUGUAACUGUUUUUCUAUUGAUUAACAAUACUGACACUUACUUAUGAACAACAGAAUUUCCAGUUGAGCACUUCUUUCAGUGUGAAAGCACUGGCUAUGUACAUUCUUGAUUUUAGUAUACACACUCAUACAAACUACUGUUGGAGCACACCAGAGGCGGAAAACCAGGAGAGGUUUCCUUCUCUAAAGGGGAGUGUCAGAGUUGACAAGGCCUCUCUUACACAAUAUGUAAACGAUAGUAUAUCCGAGGUAAACCAUGUAGGAACUCAAAUGGCAACCGGAGAGCUCUUGAUUUUGAGUCAUGAAGAGGAUUAUUCACUGGCAAUCCUAAAGUCUUCAUCUCUACAGUUCAGUGAGUUUUUAACAGAGUCCAAAAUGAUGAACAGUGUUGAAACAGCAAAUGACAGACAGUCAGUCCAUCAGUCCGUCAGUGAGUCCGUUGGUCAGUCGGUCCGUCAGUCCCAGGCCAGUCGGGAUACAAAAAGCAAAGCCACAGCCAAACCACACUGCUUGUGCCACUGUUAGAAAUCGGAGAACUGGACGAUAAUAAUAAAAUACC